AUGGAUGAGAGUCCGGCCGUGACGGGUCUGCUGUCUAUUUUGAGUGCACUCCUUGGCGUGCUGACCGUGUUCUUGUCAUACACGUGGUCUUUCCUCUACUUUCUCCUCUAUUUACUGGUAUCGCCCCUGGUUUACCUUGGCCAUGGUCUGCUCUCCAUCGCUCUAUUUCCAGUACAAAUUCUGCUGAAAUUUGAAGCAUUCCUCACAUUCGUGACCUGCGCAGUCGUCACUGGAGCCACCGUAGGCCUAUGCUUAUACCUCGCUGAAGACUCAUUGUCACAAGUUCUCCGACUGCAAUCAUCAAUUGAGAUGUCUCCUUUGACCGAAUUGGCAGAGUCUAAAGACUCAUCGUUCGACUGGGAGUCGAAAAUGUUCUUAUCAUCGACCAUAUUAGAGGAAGAAGAGAACAGCCACGACAGCCAGGACUCCAGGUGA